UAAUGUCAUGUAUAAUAAAACAAUUGCAAUCAUCUUAUUCCCCUCUUGUGUGCCGACAAAAUGUGCCCUCAGUUGUGUCACAGAGAUGGACUUCGGUGGUAGUCGAUACUAUACUCUUAAUCGGAUGAUGUUAUCAUCUGUUGGGUUAUGGCCUUAUCAAAAGGCAUGGCCUAUUCGAAUUCAAAGAUUCUCUUGUGUAACUUGUGUUGUAUCUUGGAUAAUAGUUCAGUUACUCACAUUUACGACAUUUGAAUACAACUUGGAUCUUUUCCUUCAAAUUUUAACGUGCACGCUUCCUUGUUUGAUUGCCAUUCUAAAAUAUAUUACAUGUUGCGUAAAAAUCGAAUCGAUGAGAAAGUUGAUGGAGAUGAUAAAAUAUGACUGGAGUACGCUAAAAAGUAGAAUGGAAUAUGAAAUAAUUCAGAGAUACGCUUAUAUAGGAGCAUCUUACACACAGCUAUUUGCAUUACUCACCUAUAUUUCUCCGCUAUUAAUUGUCUUCAUACAUUUUAUACCCAAUAUUCUUGAUAUUGUGGCGCCGCUUAAUCAAUCUCGUCCACAUCAGCUGCUAAUUUUAUCUGAAUAUUUUGUUAAUAGCGAUGAAUAUUUUUAUCCUAUUCUUCUGCAUAUGAUCGUCUGUUUUUUUAUACUUUCGGCUAUAUUAAUGUCUACCACAUCUAUAUAUGUAGCGUACAUACAGCACGUAUGUGGGAUGUUUGAAAUAGCUAGCUAUCGUAUUGAACAUGCUUUGGACGAUUAUGAAAAAAAAAAUUUUAUUUCUACAAAAUGUUGCAUAGCUUACUCCAGAAUAAUCGAUGCCAUCGACAUUCACAGACGAGCCAUCGAGUUGGUAGUUUCUCAUCGCAUAAUUCAAGAUUUAAAUGUCGUUUAUAUGUUUCAUCAAAUUUAAACAUUUGUGGUAAUUUUCCCGCGAUUCAUCUCUCGUGAUAUUCAUUUAUUUUACUUCAUACAUAGCUAAUUAUAAAUUAAAUAUUGUCGAGGGAUCUAUGUGUAAGGCAUUUUCUCAUUGUUAAAGGUUUUUCGAGUUAAUGAAGGAUACUUUUGUAAUAAUGUAUUUUUUUCUACUUUUACUCGGUGUGGCAUCUUUAACUGUUAAUCUAUAUCAUGUAAGUAAUAUUCUCUCAUUUCACUAAAUCCUUUUUGUGUGUGCGCGAUAACAACUGCUAUUAGUAAUAUAUUUUAAAAUAACAUGA